AAAGCUGCAACGGCUGACCUCGACACCGACUCCUACGACAGACAGAAUCUUGGCUGUUCGACUUCGUGAGGGGACACGACAGGAAGGACGGAAAAAUAAACACUGGGAUAUCAGAAAACCUGGAAGUAAGGUAAUUAUCCCAGAUAUUUCUGGAACACUGAGCUACUACUAGACUGUAAGAGUUUCCCAUCGGUCCUGCGGGUGUGGCGGCCUGGCCGACCGAAGCGGUUGAACCAUACAUGGCUGCUGCUGACCUUUCUGCCCUAUCAGUCGCGCCUAGGGGAAGCCUAGGCUCUGAACGCCCCCCUCAGCAAAACCCCAAAUCUCCCAACCACUAAACCGCGACGUGCUUGUUACGAUACCCACCGCAAAUUUCACCCCCUUUGACAACGUCUUCCAUCUCGCCUCGUUUUUCUGCCUCCAUGUAAACCUCGGUGCGCUCUUUGACUUUGCUCAAUGUUUACACAACCUGUAGCCUCGCCCACAUCCCCGGGGGCUCCGGUAUCACCUGGUCCAGUCUCGCCCACAAGGACCAGUCGCCUGAGAGGCCUGAGUUACUUUCGUAAUUACACCCAGAACCACCUCCUGUCCCGCGAGCACAGCGCCCACGCCCAUGCCCACGCCCACACCAACCAGAGCCACCAACAACACCACCAGGCAAACUCCCCGACUCACAAUCCAUCCUUGAACUCUCCAGCACUCCCCUCUCCCGGCCUGCCUAUCCCCCCUCCCACGUCAGAAGCCAGCAGCCAUUUUAAUCAUAAUAACAUCACCAACGCUACUACCAACCACACCCACGGCCACCCCUCGCACACAAGUCGGUCCAAUCCCUUCUUGCAGCCCGCCCCGACACUAGCCCAACCCCUCGUCCUCCCACCCUCCACCGCAUCGCCGACCUCCUCCGGCCUUUUCCCCGGCGAUCCUUUGAAUUCUGCCCUCACCGAAAGAUCUGGAGGAGUUGGAGGACUUGCCCCUCCCGCCAACACCACCAUCAUGACCCGGGCUCGUUCCGCCACCGUGGGGGAUGCCGUCUUGUCGCCCGACCCAGGAAGCUCGAGCGCCGACAUCCUCCCCUCGAUCCGAUUCAGCGCCUUUCACGACACCCGUGCUACUCGCCCGUCCCUCAAGUUCCCCACCAUCUCGCGUACGCUCCCAACUGGCAAUGAAGUAAUCCGCGUAGGCAGAUACUCGGAAAGAGACAACCAGCCCAAUAUCCCCAGCAACAUGCCUUCUGCGGCGCCCGUAGGGUUCAAGAGCAAGGUUGUGAGUCGACGGCACUGCGAGUUCUGGUACGAGGAUGGCAAAUGGUACAUCAAGGACGUUAAGAGUAGUUCUGGCACCUUUCUCAACCACAUCCGUCUCAGUCCCCCCGGCACCGAGUCGAAGCCAUUUGCGGUGAACGAUGGUGAUAUUGUGCAGCUGGGUAUUGACUUCAAGGGCGGGGAGGAAAUGAUCUUUCGCUGCGUCAAAAUGAGGCUUGAACUAAACCGCGGGUGGCAGAAUAAACUUAACGCCUUCAACCUAACCUCACACAAACGCCUUCGAAACAUGACGGCUGGCUCGGCCCAAGACUCUUCAGCUCAGUCUUACACCCAGGACUGCUCAAUAUGUCUGAAUAGCAUCGCGCCAUGCCAAUCCUUAUUCGUCGCUCCAUGUUCCCACACAUGGCAUUUCAAAUGCAUCCGAGCCCUGCUCAACUCCCCAUCCUACCCCAUUUUUAUCUGUCCCAACUGCCGCGCAGCCGCCGACCUUGAGGCCGAAGUAGAAGACCCCGAAGAAUGGGAGCAGCUGGAUUCGGACGAAGGGGCCAAGUCCAACCCUGAAGGGACCUUACUAGCCCCCGCUACCAGCGAAGCCCAACCACGAAAGUCUAGGGAGUCUGUCCGGGCCACCCGACAAGCUACCCUGAUUGCGCCGCAGCAACCACCUCUUCCAAUCCCUGUUCCAGUAAUACAAAGCGAAAGUGAACCAGAUGUGGUGAUGGUGGAUGUUCCAGCACAGCAGCAACAGCAACAGGCACCUCCCGUUGCAGAAAUCACACUCAUCGACACACGAGAGCCAACAACGAGCACAAAUGCAAGCCGCCCACCAUUUCAACAUGCCCAGUCAAGUCCCGUGCCCAUUCAUCAUGCGUCUGGGCACAGGACACCAUCUCCUACGGGUCCGUUAAUCGCCGGUAACAACGAGGGGCCGAUCACGCCGAGGAAUGAUGCCGGGCCAUGGGUCUUUGACGGAAGUGGGCUGAGGCAGAGGGCGGACGGGGGAGGAGCAACGGCUCAGGCAACCAAGUUCACCACGGGUUCUGCCGUCAUUAAGAGAUUAAGUGGUGUUGCGUUUUGGGGGAGUUCGUUGGAGUUUGGUGUCUCUACUACUCACCGCUACUACAUAUACUUGCUGACGGAAACGAAGGCAUGA